AAUUUACAGGAAGUGACGCUGAAAAACAUAAGCGCGCGGGAGAGUUUCAAUGGUUUGAUUUUUCGUUUUGCUCAAGUGAGAAAGCUAGAAAACAGCCCAUCAAAUUGCAGCACGUUUCAGAAAUGUCCUUUUCACCUGAACGAGAUUUACCCCAAGCGCUGGCUUGCCUUAAAAAUGUCGAUACCUUGCUUCGAUGUCCAAUCUGCUAUGAUUACCUGGACAUUGCAAUGAUGGCUCAACAGUGCUCGCACACAUUUUGCUCCCUGUGCAUUAGGAAAUGCCUGUCCUACAAAUCGCAGUGCCCCGUGUGUAGUUCAGCGACUACAGAACCAGAUUUAAGGAACAACAGGAUUCUUGAUGACAUUGUCAAGAGCUUCCAAGCCACAAGGUCUCAGUUGUCGCGGAUUACUUCGCCAGCCAUCUCCCCGAGGACCCCCCCCUCUGCAGUGAAGAAGGUGCCUGUGAGGAGAAAUGGCACUCUCUUCAGUCACUUCCUGAAGAAGGAGCCCUCCCACUCUAUCAAAGAGCCCAGUCCGCCAGCAGCUCACGAGGCCGGGUCACUCACGGCGGCGGUCGAACCGCACGCGGUCGACAGCAAUGCGGGACGGCCUGGGACACCUGCCGCUGGGUCUUUGCAGCCUGACCCAGGUUCCCUUCCCGCAUCGAGGGAAGAGAGUUCAGUCGUGAAAGUGGAGUGUCCCGUGUGCUCGGUGGGAAUUUCCCAGCAGUUCAUCAACAAGCACCUGGACGGCUGUCUGCGCAGGAAUGAGAAAGAGGAGCGCUUGAGGAGUCCCCCUGGGAAGAGGAAGCCUUUGACCAAGGUAGUGUACUCCCUGCUGUCUCAGCAACAGCUGAAGAGGAGGCUGAAGGAUUUCCACCUCUCUACCCAGGGCUCCUGGGACCAGCUGGUCAGGAGGCACCAGGACUUCGUGCAGAUGUACAAUGCAGAGUGUGACUCCUUGAAUCCAAAAUCAGCACAAGACAUUGCAAAAGAGAUUGAGAAGAAUGAGAAGGCACGCGUUCAAGCCCAGACUAAAUCCAAAUGCAUGCCCUUAGUUUCAAAAGGCCAAACGGAUGAAGAAAUCGAAGAAGUACAUUCAAAUUACAGGAAAGAGCACAAUGCUGAGUUUACCCGGCUGAUUGCAGAGGUUAAAAGUCGAAUGAAGACGUCCAAAAGAGCACAGAUUGAGCAGGAAGAUAAAGGAGGAGGAGCUGAUGAGGAUAUAUUCUUAUCAGAAACGUUAAAUGAAGAUGUCCUCAAUGACGCUGUUCCAGUUGCAACCUUAGAUGAGGAGAGUAUGAAGAUAGAGGUUGUUCCAGGGUCACCCACAGCUCUCAGUGACGUGUCCAUCAGCAGCUCUGUCUCCGAUGUGUUCAGCUCAGAACCUAAUAUAAGCCCUGAGAACGUGGAAGAUGUGUGUUAUGGGAAACGGAAAGCUGUAGCUUCUGGAGACGAAGAUUUGACACAAUUUGGACAAAGCGGCAAACGAGCACGACAGAGCUGAUGACAAUUUCUGCUUCAUUACAGAGGAAACAAGUGUAACCAAACCAAAAGUAAUAUCUUUGUAAAUGUAAUAAUUGCUCAAGCUUUUUCCAUAUUCUGCAUUUUGUUUUUUUUGUUUUUUCUUCUCACACAUUCAAUUUUAUAUAUUCCUGUUCAUUUGUGACAGAAAUGCACUUGAAGGAUGACUCACCUUGUGUGACUCACCUUAUGAGUUGCUGCUUGGUCAUACUAGCAUCAAUUACUCCAGGCAGCUUCAGGUACUAUUUAUCAAGGUACCUUCCAAUAUCAGGAUAAUAUAUUGUGUGAAAGAAAAAAAUAAAUGCCUGCCUUAGCCAUUUGCAUUUACACUCUGUAAUCUGUAUUAGGUAGACCUGUACACCAGCUUGUUAAUGCAUAUAUUUAGUCAGCCAAUCAUGUGGCAGUAACUAAAGGCAUAAAAGCUUGCAGACAUGGUCAAGAGGUUCAGCUGUUUUCAGACCAAAAUGUCAUAAUAGGGAAUAAGUGACUUUGACCGUGGAAUGAUUU